GACUAUUGAAUUAUCGAGUUUAAAUAUAAGUUUACAAUUUCAAUGAAAAAAAAACAAAAGAAAAGGUGCGCAUAUAAUUAACUAAAGUUUGAACAUAAAAAUGGCUGAAAUAAAAUCAAUGGAGCAUGCAACGCUAAAGGUUCCGUACGAAGUAUUGAACAAGAAAUUUCGAAUCUCUCAGAAGAAUGUCGAUCGAGAAAUGGAUCAAAUUCACAACAUUACAAAGGAUGUGGAAAAAAUUGUUGGUGGUAAAUCCAUAUUGCCCACGGUAACAGAUGUUGGUACACUGGUUGAGAACGUAGUACAAAGAAUCCACGUUUUGAAGAGAAAAGCCGACGAAAGCUUUUCUGAAGAAAUUAAUGCUGGUUUAGCUUGUAAACGUAAACUUCAACAUUUGAAAAUUAUAACUUUUCCUGAUUCUCACAUCGGCUAUGAUGCUUGGCAAGCGUCAAUUGAACAGUGGAAAAUGGUUCGGAUGGAUCGCAUUGUAAUAGAACAUCUGCUGCGAAGAGGAUAUUAUGAAACUGCUGAAUGCCUAGCUAAGAAGUCCGAUAUUCGUAAUUUAACCAAUUUGGAUAUCUUUCACAUAUCAAGAGAAGUUGAAGAAGAUCUUUUAAAUCAUAAGACCCUUAAAUGUGUUUUAUGGUGCAUGGACAAUAAAUCAAAGCUCAGAAAAAUUAACUCUACAAUGGAAUUCAGCUUACGCGUGCAAGAGUUUGUUGAAUUAGUUCGGAUUGAUAAUCGAAUGGAGGCAGUGAAAUACGCAAGAAAAUAUUUUCAAGGUUUUGAAAAAACACAACUCAGAGAAAUUUGUCAAUGUAUGGCAUUAUUAGCCUAUCCCACAAAUACAGAUACCGAGCCUUAUAAAAGCUUAUAUAGUGGACAACGUUGGAAAGACCUUGUGUUGAACUUUCGAAAUGAAAACUAUCGUCUUUUUCAACUAUCUAUUCAGUCUUUACUAAGUGUGGCAAUACAAGCUGGGUUGUCAUCACUAAAAACACCGCAGUGCUAUACCGAAAACUGUAAAAACCUACAUUGUCCUGUUUGUCAGAAAGAUUUUAAUCAAAUUGCAAAGAACCUACCGUAUUCGCAUUGUGUUCAGAGUCGUCUUAUUUGCAGAAUAACUGGUCUACCUCUAAAUGAACAUUAAUUGCCAAUGAUGUUACCAAAUGGCCAAAUAUUUGGACAACUGGCUAUUGCUCAAAUAACUAGAGAAGACGGUGCAGUAGUUUGCCCUAUUACGAACACAAAAUUUUCAAAUCCUAAGGUUGAAAAAGUUUUUGUAAUGUAAACUAUGUAAAGAGUUUGAAAUAAAAAAAUGAAAUAUAAAAGUAUUCAAACAGCAUUUACCUAAUAGAAACUUGAGCUUAAUGAGAAUUUGAAAUUAAUUGUAGACUGAACUCAGUGAAAUAGAGCAUAAAAAUCCAUUGUAUGAAACCAAUAAAUCGGUGCAAUGUAUGUGACGAAAUAUUAAAAAGUGUAACUUGGGUCCCAAUUCAAUAAACGUCCGACCAGUUCGUAAA